AUGGCCCAGGCAAGGAUAAUAAACUGAAAAAUAGAGAAAUUGGCAUGUUUAGUAAGAGUCCUUGUGUCAAGGGUGUCAUUUUAAAAAAAUCGUUUUUCUGAAGAGGUAUAAACAUGGUCGUAAAAUCCUGGAUUUAGAGCAUGUAUUAAUUUGCAGGGACCCACCCCUGCGACGAGUUGUGUAAGAGUGGAAAUGAAUCUGACGUUUUAGCCUACUAAACAACGUCCACUUUUUCAGUCAUGAUUAGAACAGGUGACAAAACUGUCAAAUGAAGAUUAAUAUGACAUCAACACGCAUUGGCGUCCACAAGGUAUACCAUCCAUCAUAACAGAGGAGCCUCCAAUCAAUUCUCACUUCUUUACAAUUGUUUUGGGUUCAAAGGGUUUAGUAACAAUUGCAAUAGAGACCAGACAGACAGACUGAGAAGACUGACCGUGACAGAGGGGCAUUAUGAAUUACACUCGGUGGAACUGUAUACAAGGCGUCGGUGGUCAUAAAGCAACCGUUAAUUUCCCACGUCUUAUGGUUUAUAACAGAGAAACGCGCAGCUGUUUGCAUCAGUUUUAUUAUUUAUUCAAGCCACAGCACCUCUGAUUCACAGACUCGAUCAUGACUAUAGUGAAGACUUUUGACGUCAGAGGGGAAAAUCAUCGGUAGGUCCAAUGGAGGGGGAGUGUGUGGGGGGGAUCACCAGCCAAGGCAGUGCCAUCGGGCUGCCAACAUCAUUAGCAAUGCUAACCAAGAAGGAGCGCGCUUUUCGCAAGGACUCUACACGAGGAAUAUAAAACAUUAGUAGAGUUUGUAUCGGCGUGACCCACUCAAAGGAAAAGACCGCCAUAAGCUGGUAAUUUCACGUUUUCGUUCUCUGUGUUUUCCUUAUUUUCCCCAUAAGGCUGUAUAUUCGGUUUCUUCGCGUCUGGUAGUCCAAGACUGCGCUUUGGGGAGGACGGUGCACUGCAGCGCUAUGACUGAGCUAUGAUUCACUCUUUUGCUGCAGCAAUGAGCAACGAACUCCAGAACACCUCCUCCUUGAAUUUCCAGGACGUGCAGAACUCGUCCCCGGUGCAGACCCAGGACCUCCGGCCGCUGACUGUCAGUCCCUGGGACAUUGCUCUGUGCGUGACGGGCACGCUCAUCUCCUGCGAGAACGCGAUUGUCAUUGCCAUCCUCUUCUACACACCUACGCUGCGGGGGCCAAUGUUCGUCCUGAUCGGUAGCCUGGCCUUCGCGGACCUGCUCGCCGGCUUGGGUCUCAUUCUGAACUUUAUCUUCGUCUACAUCCUAGACUCGGACUUCGUCACUCUUUUCUCAGUAGGACUACUCAUCGCUGCCUUCUCGGCCUCCAUCCUCAACAUUCUGGCCAUCACGGUGGACCGGUAUCUCUCGCUGUAUAACGCGCUGACCUACCACACGGAGCGCACCGUCACGUACACCUACGUCAUGGUCGUGGUCAUCUGGCUGGUGUGUAUCAUGCUGGGGCUUCUGCCGGUGCUCGGUUGGAACUGCUUGCGUAACGAGUCCAGCUGCAGCAUCUGCCGCCCGGUCACCAAGAACAACGCGGUGGUGCUGGCAGUGACGUUUUUGCUCGUCUUCGCGUUUAUGAUGCAGCUCUACCUGCAGAUCUGCAAGAUCGCCUUCCGCCACGCACAGCAGAUCGCCGUGCAGAACCAUUUCAUAGUCAUCUCCACCACCAAAGGCGUGUGCACGCUGUCUGCCAUCCUGUGCACCUUUGCCAUGUGCUGGAUGCCCUUCGCCAUGUACUCCAUUGUGGCAGACUCCAGCUACCCCAUCGUAUACACUUACGCCACUGUGUUGCUGGCCACGUGUAACUCGGUGAUCAACCCCAUUAUUUACGCCUUUAGAAAUCCCGACAUCCAAAAAUCGCUGUGGCUUGCGUGCUGCGGCUGCUUCCCCACCAACCUCUCACUGCGGCCAAGGACAUCUAGUGAUGUGUAGGGUUUGGGGCUACUUUUAAUUAGCUAAAACGUUCAUAUUGGCCUCUACUGUGUCAGUGUUCACGGAGUAUUAUCUGCAUCGAGGGUGUGACGGGUUUGUCAGGGAGAAAAAAAAAAAGAAAAAUAUGCCUGUAUGUAUAAAGGCGUAUAGAAGUGUACACCGAGAACGCCUCAGUCGACCCUGUUUAACGUCGCAGGUGGGGACUUCCUAGGUCUCGUCACAGAAACAGCGUGUGAAAUCUCACUCUUAACAUUUUUAGCACAAAUGACAAGAGGUGUGGUCCAUUGUAAUAUCACUUCACAUUCAGUAGCACUUCUCACGGUCAGCGACAGGAGGAGAGCUCUGCUUCUUCUGCAAAUGUUACAUGGUUUAUUUCGCCAAAAUACCAUUAUGUCGUGUAAAAAGAGGAUGAUAGGCAGGGAAAUGACCAAACUCCGUUUAAUCUAGUCAAGAAUAAACACAGGGCAUAAAAAGCAACCAGAUUGCGUUUUCUGUAGGAAGACUCGAUAUUGCUGUUGAAACCAAUCGAUUUUUGGGUAAAGCGACAUUCUGCCCAUUGUACUUGAUGAAUCCAUUAUCGUGCCAAGGAAAGUUCUGUAAAUGUCCGCUUCUGAUGACACGAGUCUCAACUGACAUUCCAAGCUAUGACGCUGUCCAUUUAAAUCCAGCUUCAAACUGACCGAAAAUACUUUAUGCAUACACAGCCUGAGAAAGGUUGCCUCUCACGAUCGCGCCCUCAAAUCAUUUUUUUUAAUCAUUUUAAAAUGUUAUGUAAAACGCCACUCAUGGAUUCGCUAAAGCACAACGACACGGAAGAUCAGGUUUUCAGACGGUGCCAAAGAAGUUCCAGCACCAUGGAGAGCGAAACAAGAGCAGAAGCCCCAAUACCCAUACAAAGCUGCUUUUUUACACGAGAAGCGCGUUGUUCGUUUAAUUAUGCACGAGAAAGAGGUGAGAAGAACGCACUCCCGAGAGCGGAAGUGUGCACGCUUUCUCGGGCAAAAGUUGACAAUCCAGGUUUUUACACCCUUUGUAAUGUGUUCACACAUGUCAUGCUUGCUCCUGUUUGUUUGAACGCAAGCCGAUCUAAUUGGUGUUUGGCAGAGAAAUCCAAUAGCUUCUGAUGCAGUAGUGCAGAACGCAGCCACGGGCAUGGACAACCUCAACGAGUUAAUACCAUCUAUGACCUCAGCAGAAACAUUCGACAUUGCCUUUGCAUUAGCUAGGCCAUCAGCCUAUGUUACGUGCAGUUAAUUUACAGGCGAAAGCAAAUUAACGGGUCUGUUUGCAGAUUAAAUCCAGAUUGAUCAAGAUCAUAUAUGCAAGACAGACCAUUGCAAAUCAAUCUACGUUGGAGUGUCUUGGCCAAUGAGCUAACAAGCCAAAAGUUAAGAGCUUAAGGCACUCCUGAAACUCAACAAAUUGUAAGAAGAUCGUUUCCAAUUUAUGUCGAAAUGUUGAAAUGUUUGCUACAUCUUUGCUUAUACCACGGCCGUGUCUGAAGACAUUUGCCCAUUGGCCAUCUGGGCAUUAAACCCCAAUACUGCACUAUAAUAUUAAGCCUAGACUAUUUUUGUACAAAUAUAGCCUAGUUUAACUAACAAAAUGUUAGUUUUUGGCCAUAUUACACAGCACUGCUUCGAAGCUAACCUCUUAGCCUUUUUUUCUGUCUCUAUUCCCCAGAAGCAAUCUCGUUUACGCUGUCCAUGUAUGAGAGCAGAACGCCAUGGCCACGGGGCAGUUAGACACAGAGGUUAAUGAGGAUUUGCUCGGCAAAUGAUUUCAUGCAAAAUGAGACGCCAGCCGAGGCGCUUUGACUCGACCCGCAGUAACAUGUUUUUCCACAGCGAGGCUUAAGUCAAUUUUGUUGCUAGAGGGCAGCUUCUCCUGGAUUGCUGAAACUAAAUUGGAAAAAAGGAUAUAAAUAGCAUAUUGAAAGUGAGAAGAAAAGUCGUCUGCGCUGAAGUCCAGAUAUAAUGACCUAUACUUGUAAUAAAUUGCAGGUAGCCAUUCUCUUUCGUUGGAGAGACGGCUGUGUGGAUUUACAACCACAUGUUUAGGAAUAUACAACUAGUGUCAGUAGCCUUGAUGCGAAAAUAGCUAAAUAAAUGAACUAUCACCGUUGUUUUAAUUCACUGUUACAGCAAGGACAUUGCAAAUCCAUCCUGUUGCAACACACAUUAAAAAGUAAAACAAACACACACAAAAAAUGUACUUAAAAUGAGGCAAAGAGGUCACACAAAUGAUGUACUACGUAGGAUGUUGUAGUUUUUAUACUGUACGUUUUUAACGUGAUGUUUUUUUAAAUUAUUAUUCAUUUUAUGUGGAGGGGAAACGGCCUAUAAUGAGGCCUAUUUAGAAACGGCGCUGUCUUAUGUUGACAUGCCAGAUAUGUGUAUGUUCAAUUCUGGCCUUAUCUCGUUCUCCUCGCAAUAACGUUUCAAUGUGUACAGUUUGUUAUGUAUAAGAGAGAAAAAAUCUACCAAACCUCUUGACAGUAUUGAAAACUACGUUGACGUGAAAUCAACUUUCAUAUCUUCUUGUCCUCAGAAUACCAGAAACAAAGGCAGAGCCUGUGUGUUUAAAUCUAUAAAUACUGUAUAUUCCUGCAGUAUGACAAAGUGACAAACGUUGGGCCACUUUAUCAGUUUUGCUGUAUGUUUCACUGAUGUAAAAACAAUUCUGAUGGAAACCUGGGGAUUCUCUUCCAUUGCAAUGGAUGGUGAGAGGCCCUUUUGAAGUGUGUGUGUGUCUAUGUAAGAGUGGUUGAAUGUGUGUGUGUGUGUGUGUGUGUGUGUGUGUGUGUGUGUGUGUGUGUGUGUGAGAGAGAGACAUCUGUUUAUACACCAUUCGCUUAUGCCUGGAAAAGUAGGAUGGGGUGACUUGAUACACUGUGCCCCUAUUCUGUUCAAUUGGAGUCUUAUUGCAGGAGUCUCAGCCUUCCCUGUGCCAAGCUGUUUCUUUUAGUAUUGUAACUCCACACCACUACAACAGAGAGAACUGCUGUACAUUCAGUCAUUUCAUGGGAACCCCCAUGGUUAUUUUUCUUAUGCAAUGCUGUAUGGAAACAUCUAUUUUUAUAAGCAACAUCUGAGCAUGGGUUUUCUGACAUGGCUGUAACUGUGUGUGUGUGUGUAAUAUCCGUGUUCUUAUCAAUCGACUCUCGAGAAGAAAAAAAAAAAAAGAAAUGUGUUGGCAAUGAUGAAAGUGCCAUAUUUUUUUUUUUACUCAUCAGUGUCUUACUUUUUUCUGUAAUGUAUUUUAUUCUUUGGUGGCGUAUGGGAUCUGUAGUGAACAUCACCACAUCUAAGCUUGUGUUCACAUGAUUAAAAAAAAACAAAAACAGGAGGGAACAAACAAAUGUUUUGGGAGGACCUCACCUAUUUAACUGAAGGUGAUGCUGAUAGCCACACGAAACCUGUGGGUUACAGCUAAUCAGGUGUCCCGAUACUGGACCAGGUGGAACCCUGCCUGUUUAGCUGAAGGUGAUAGGUCAAUAGCCACAUGAAACUGUGGGUUCCUGCCAAUCUUCUUUCUCUCCGUCUCGCUCUGUCCUCUCUGGUGGCCAUCUAAAGCAGGGAUGCCUCUGGCAGUGUCAGCCUGGGAACAGUAACAGAUGGCACAGGACGGGCAGAGAGAUGCCAACCUGAGGUCUCCCGCUGAUGUGGCCCACCUGUCCUGUGGCACCACAAGCUGAUGUCACGAGUGAGGCUGUUGGGGGAUCACCUCUGACGGUGCGAGUUGAGAUAGAUAGUGUGAGCAGAUCAAGGCUUCAUGGUUGUCUCUAUCUACACUGCUGUUAUCUGGGAUCUGUUUUAGACCGAGUUAACUGAUCUGGCUGUUAUCUGGGAUCUGUUUUAGACCGAGUUAACUGAUCUGGCUGUUAUCUGGGAUCUGUUUUAGACCGAGUUAACUGAUCUGGCUGUUAUCUGGGAUCUGUUUUAGACCGAGUUAACUGAUCUGGCUGUUAUUAGGGAAGCGGUCCGAUUUACCACUUAAGAAACUGUAGUGUUAGUAGCAGUACGGCGCUUGUUAUUGUGAGGGAAGAGAGAGAGAGAGAGAGAGA